AUGGCGACUGUACUUGUCAAGAACAUUGGCGACAAGAACACGGCCACGGAGUCGACUAUCUCACUUGAUAGCAAUGAGAUACCGCCACUAGGAGCUCCAAAAGAGAAUAAACAAUUCUGGUUCCAGCGGGAAAAGGACUUUGACAUCAAUGGAAUCGCAACACAGCCUAGCGUAUUCGAUGACCCUCAGACGGCAGAGAAAUAUCAUCCUCGACCUGACUGGGAGAAUACGCACCGGUUUGACCCCAAAGCGAGAUGGACGUGGGCAGAAGAAUAUGCGAUAGUACGGAAGAUCGAUUGGAGAAUCACGCUUUGGGCGUGUAUAAUGUUCAUGGCGUUGGAGUUGGACAGGGCGAAUUUGACGCAAGCUCUCACCGAUAACUUCUUGACUGACCUCAACUUGACCACCAACGAUUAUAACCUCGGAAACACCGUCUUCAAGCUUACCUUUCUGAUUGCCGAGCUUCCAUCCCAACUCGUUUCGAAAUGGAUGGGACCCGAUCGAUGGAUUCCCAGUCAGAUGAUCCUUUGGAGUAUUGUAGCGGGUGGUCAAUUUUGGCUCUCAGGCCGAACCUCGUUUUUGGCGACGCGAGCUCUGUUGGCCAUUCUGCAAGGAGGCUUCAUCCCCGACGUCAUCCUCUACCUGUCAUAUUUCUACAAGCACCACGAACUCUCCAUCCGUCUCGGAUUCUUUUGGACGAUGAUGAGUUUGGCCGAUAUCAUCUGUGCGCUCCUAGCCGCUGGUUUCUUGAAGAUGCGAGGAGUGUUAGGCUAUGCUGGUUGGCGAUGGCUCUUCCUUCUAGAGGCUAUAAUCACCCUGAUUGUGGGAAUAUUCUCGUUCCUCCUCAUGCCGGCCGGUCCCUGUCAAACAGCGAGUUGGUUUAGAGGGAAAGACGGAUGGUUUACGCCUCGAGAACAGACUAUCAUGGUCAAUCGGGUCCUGCGUGAAGACCCAAGCAAGAGCGACAUGCACAACCGCCAGCCUAUUACACCAAGACUGUUAUGGAAGUGUCUGAAGGACUAUGAUCUAUGGCCUUUGUACAUCCUUGGGCUUACCUUCCAAAUCCCCUCGACACCGGAACAGCAGUACUUGACGCUCUCGCUCCGACAGAUGAAGUUUGACACCUUCACGUCUAACUUGCUUUCCAUUCCGUACACGGUUAUUCACAUGAUCACGAUGCUCCUAACAGUGUAUGCAGCCGAAAUUUUCAAGAACCUUACCUUCGUUGCUUUAAUCGGACAGGUCUGGGUUUUACCGUUCCUAGUUUACCUCAAUGUAGCCGAUACAGCAAAUGCUAGCAGAUGGGUGAUCUGGCUCGUCACGACCCUAUUGUUGGGAUACCCGAAUGCUCAUCCCGUCCAAGUCGGUUGGAACUCUCGUAACUCUAAUGCGGUCCGAGCUCGUACCGUUUCCGCGGCGUGCUACAAUAUGUUCUGUCAAGCCGGCGGCAUCAUAUCGUCCAAUAUUUAUCGCGCAGACGAUGCUCCGUUAUAUCGUAGGGGUAAUCGACAAUUAAUCGCUAUCCUUGGUAUGAAUUUCGGCCUGUAUUUUCUCACCAAAGCAUAUUACGUCCUCAGGAAUAGGUGGAAGGAUCGUAAAUGGAACGCGAUGACACCCGAGGAGCGUUUGACGUAUCUGGCGACAACUACCGACGAAGGGAAUAAACGGUUAGAUUUCCGAUUCGAACACUGA